AUGUCUUCGCUCCACUUUUGUGCCGAGUGCAACAACUUGCUGUACCCCGAGGUGGAUCGAACGAACCAUGUGCUGCUGUACGCAUGUCGCAACUGCAACUAUCAGCAGGAGUCGCGAGAGUCGCUCGUGUACCGCAACGAUCUCAUGUCCGUUACCAAGGAACAACCGGGCAUUGUGGAUAACCUCAUGAAGGACCCGACGUUGCGUCGAACACACGACCUCAGCUGCCCGAGCUGCGGACACGGAGAAGCGGUGCUCUUCCAGGACCAGAGCAAGCGCAUCCUCAACAGAAUGAUCCUCUUCUACGUGUGCGCAAAGUGCAACCAUCUGUUCAGAGAUCCCGUGCUCCAAGCCCCACAAGCAGGCCCAGGCCAGAUCUGGAACGACAGAAAGAAGAAGUAG